AUGGCUGAGCAGGGGCUCGGCGCCGACGUGGAGGAGGAGGCCAGGAUCGACCAAGAGGUUCGGCAGUGGCUGGACCUCAUCGAGGUGGAGCUCCGCGCGCAGUGCACAGAAUUCGUCAGGAUUGGGACGGCGCGUCGUUCGGGGCGCUGGCUCGUCCACCGCGACACCCGCGUCCUCUGCAGCGCGGCCAAGCUUGCCUUCGACGUGGAGGCGGCGGCGCUGACGCCCGCGGUGGCCCGCCAAGAGCCGCGCCGUGCGCGGCUGUCGCUCCGUGCGGGGCAGGCCGCGGCGGACGACUCCGUCGGCGAGCCGAGCGAGGGGUCCGACGCGGCGCUCGACGCGGAGGCUCGACUCCAGGCUCGUGCUGCGGCUGGCCUCGAAGCCAGGCCCGUCGCGCCGCGGGCAGUGAGCCGAGGCCGGCGCCCGCGCGCCCCGAGCUCUGCCCGCGCCGGCCGAGCUCCGCCGCUGAGAUGGUGGGAGGCGGACCGCUCGGACGCGCGGCUCCUGGCGCAGGGGCCCUGUGUCGGGUCUAGCCAGGACCCCAGGUGA